ACUCCGGACGCAGGACGAGCAAGGUGUGUGCAGGAUAGCAUGCGUGUGCCGCGUUAGUGUGACCUGCGCGACACGACCGUGACCGACCGUGACGAGUCGAGCGCCGCUGCAGUGCGACAAGGAGUGACAUCGUGACGGUGACGGCGCAGAGGAUACACAGCUCGCCGCAGCGCACCCCGUCGACUGCGAGCGCGGCGCGCGCGCGCCAUCAGGUGGGUCACGAUACCCCGUCACGACAACAGUCGCCGUCGAGGGCGUCCCGGGCGCGUCCAAACGACAAGCCGGCCAUACACAUCGACUGGACAUGGCGCGGACGGGUCGGUCACAGCGCGGGCAGAGCGCGAUGCGGCCGCCAUGGCGGCUCGUCGUCGCCGUCCUGGCGCUGGCCGCGGCCGCCCUGGGCGCGCCCAGCGGGCCCGCCGGACCGACUAGCGACGCCGUCCUCGGAGCGCCCGCCGACCAGAUGCCCAUGGAGGCCCGCGACUCGGAGUUCGUCCUGGACGAGGACGCCGCCGACCUGCCGCCGCUGAGCGCGGCCCUGGUCGGACCCGCGGUCCUCAACGGCGGUAAGCCCUUCUUCGUGGACAAGGACCCCGUGACGGGCCAGCUGGACCUGAGUGCGACCAAGGCGGAGCCCGCCGCGCCGCCCGUCAGGGACCCAGCCGUGGACUACGACGACUACGAGCAGGCCCACGACGGCAUCGACCGCAAGGACACGGCGGGGACGCGCGGCCGGCCCAACGACCUGGACUCGCAGGGCGCGCUCAAGAUCGUCACCCCCAACUUCCACGACUUCCUCAACCUGCCCGUCAAGUACUCGAGCGCCGGCGACAAGUACCCACUCAUCUCGAGCUCCUACUCCAACACCAAGGUGCAGGGCAUCGGGGCCUCGUCGACCACGGGCAGCAUCAAGAACCACAAGCCGUACACGCCGCCGAGCACCAAGCCGUCGCCGCAGUACUACACGCUGCCCACCACGACCACGACCACCACGCCGGUGCCCACCGCGCCGACGACCUCGACCACGACGACCACCACGCCCGCACCCACCACCAGGAGGGCCACGACGACGACCACGGUGACCACGACGACAACCACGCCGAGGCCAACAACGGCUAGACCAACGCCGAGGCCGACGCAGAGACCGACGCCGAGGCCGACGCAGAGACCAAAACCCACCACGGCGUCGUCCUUCUGGUCGCUCCUCGAGUCCGAGGAGUACCCCGAGGCCGAGCAGCCCUCCUAUCCGUCCGGGCCGUCAGGCCCAGCGGAGAACAUCGAGCCGCCGCACGGCUCGUACGGCAUGAAGCCCGCCAAGCCGCCGCCGCAGCCCGAGCAGCCUGACUACGGCGGCGACUACAGCUACGAGGACGAGGAGCCCGCGGCGCCCGUCAUGUCCGCGAGGCCCCAGAACGCGCACCAGGCCCCAGCGCUGUCCACGUCCGACGCGCCCCCGACCUCCCCGUCCACCACCGUGGCCACGACGCCCUCGACGACGCCGACUACGACCACGACUACGACCACGACCACCCCGGCACCAGCCACGACCACCACCAUGGUCACAACGUUCAGGCCGACCACGCGCCGCCCGCAGCUGUCCACCGUCAUGAUCCUCAAGCCCUUCAACCGCAAGCCCGUCGUGGUAACGGCGAGCCCUGCCGAACCCUCCACGACGACCACGCCCAAGCCCAGCACGACAACGACCACCGCGCCCAGCACCACGACCAGCACGGCGGCGCCGACCACCACCUCGACCACAACGCCGGCGGCCACCACGGCCAACGUGAUGCUGGUCCCGGAGCGAGUGGCCGCCCCCAGCAACAAGGUGGUGUUUGAGCAGUCUGUCAGACCGCCGCAGUCGCAGCCUCAGCCGCCCCCAUCGAGGCAGCCCACUCGUCCGCGUCCCCAGCAGAUCCUGCAGCAGGCGCCGCCACCGCCGCCCCCGCGGGACAGCCCCUAUGGCAUGGCGGCCAACCAGCCCUUCCGCCCCCUGUACGACCGCCGCCCCGGGCCGCCCGGGCCGAUGCCGCCCUACCCGCUGCCGCCGUCCGGGCCGCCCUCGGGCUACGGCGACCUCAUCACGGACGCGGGAGGCGACAACAACUACGUGUCCUUCUCCUUCCAGCCGCCCUCGGCGCAGCAGCUCCGACCGCCGCAGCCGCCCCGCUUCCCCGGCGUCGAGCCGCCGCGCCCCAACCCCCCGGGGCCGUUCAGGCAGCCGCCCGCACCCGCGCCUGCGCCCGCGCCCCCCGCCACCGCCGCACCCGAGAGGGAGGAGGUGGCGCCCGCAGAGAAGCUCGACAAGCCCCAGAAGCAGCAACAGCAACAGCCACCACAGCAGCAAACGACCAAAGCGCCCGUGCCGGAGAGCUCGACCAACCGCGUGGUUUUCCCUGAUGACAAGAGGGUAGCCGAGCUGCAGGACACCAAGGAGAUCGUCGUGCACGGCUCCUUCCAGCACCCAUCCGGGGGCCAGUUCGGGCCGCCCCGCGGCGCGCCCCAGGGCGUCGGCCAGGGCCAGGUCAUGGACGCGCCGCCGCCACAGCGCCGGCCCGCCUUGCCCAAGCCCACGCCGCCACCGCCCGGCCUGGACAUGAGCCCCCCGCUGGACUCGGACCGCGAGGGCUCCGAGCAGCAGCCCGCCUACGAGCUGCCGCCCGGCGCCGCGCCCGCGCCGGACCUCGCCACCGACCUGGUACCGCCCGCCGACCCGGGCAAGAACCGCAACCCCCAGCCCACCAACGACUGGCCGCGCCCGCACUGGGAGAACGCCGGCCGCAAGCCGUACCAGCCGCAGGGACAGCCCCAGGGACAGCCGCAGGGACAGCUGCACGGACAGACUCACGGACAACAGCACGGACAGACUCACGGACAACAGCACGGACAGCCCCAUGGACAGACUCACGGACAGACUCACGGACAGACUCACGGACAGCCCCACGGACAGCCUCACGGACAGCCUCACGCACAGGGGGUGGGCCAGCAGCAAGGCCUAAGGCCCAAGCACGACACCCUGCCGCUCGGGCCGCGGGUGCCCCCGCCCGGCAUGGGUCCCAUGGGCGGUCCCAUGCAGGCGCCGCCGGGCUACAAGCUCAAGCCCGACGGCAGCCUGCCCAACAUCCUGCCGCAGUUCCGACCCAACGCGCGCCUGAGCGGCCACCCGGAGCAGCACAUGCUGGGCAUGGGCGGCAUGGGCGGGCGGCCGCUGGGCCCGCUGCAGGUGCAGCAGUACCAGCCGCAGCCGCUCCCUACGGGGCUGCAGCCGCAGCGCAUGCCCCUCAUGGAGCGCGCCGGCGAGGGCAGGCCGCACUCGGUGCUGCCCGCGGCGCCGCACCCCGCGGGGCUGCAGCCGCUGCUCAGGGUGAACCGGCACAACGAGCAGCCCGAGGGGCCGCACCCCGCAGGCCCGCACCCCGCGCGGCCGCAGCCGCACCGCCGCUCGGGGCUGCCCGUGGGCGCGGGCCCCAUGGCGGGCCCCAUGGCGGCCAGCAGGCGCGUGGCCACGCUCCAGAUGAUGCAGCAGCGAGGCGUGGGCCCCACGCACCGUGUGCUCUCGCGAGCCGACCUCCCCGCCGGCGCGGACCGACCCCCCGGCGCCGCCCCCGUGUUCCUCGUGUACCCCGUAGAGCACGGCGCGCCCGUGCCGCCCAAGCCCGAGGAGCACGGCGCCAACGCCAUCAAGCUGGACGACCUCAUGCUGGCCGACGACGGCGGCCCCGCCCGCGGCGACGACCCGGUGCUCAAGCCCGCCCGGCAACCGAGCAAGGCCCAGUUCCCGUACGCCAUCGAGCAGCCGGGUGACCUCAGCGAGUCCGUCCGGCCUCCUCACGUCGCGGACAAACGCAGGGAUGACUUGUACGACAAGCUCGACGACAGCGAGGUGAACGUGAUCCCCUACCUUCAGGACUACCUGCCGUUUGCGACAAAGAGGCCGCCGAUCGGGCCUCCGCCCACCGCCACUGCCGCCGCCGCCCCCGUCAAGGCCGUCGCCGUCGGACCGGGACCGACUCUGCCGCCCAGGGUCGUCCUGGGCACCGGGACCUCCGCGCCCCCCGUGGCGCUCCAGCAGGCGCAGCCCAUCUCGGCGACUCUGAAGACGGUCGUGACGCCGUCCCCCGUCGGCCCCCCGAGCCGACACGAGACGGUCAUCGGCGGCGCGUCUGGCGGCUCCGAGUUCACCGUCGGCGCCGUCAUGCACACGCUGAGCAACCACCGCCACUCGGAGGACGCGCCCGCACCGCCCCUGUCCGGGCCGCCCGCCGUCGAGCUGGACGACCACGGCUUCCAGGCGCCCUUCCAGGCGAGCGUGAGCGUGGAGUCGGCCGGGGGCGCGGCGGGCGGGGCCGGGGGAGUGGCGGGCGCGCCGGCCGGCCCCGUGGAGGGCUGGAGCGUGCUGAGCGGCGGCAUGCGCCCCGGCACGGUGGACAAGGCCGACAUCCGGGACAUCAUCAAGGAGAGCAGCACCACGGAGGGCGCGUUCGACUUCGAGAACUUCAAGCCGCAGCUGUUCGGAGGAUUCAAGCCCAUCCUGCACAGCGCAGACGAGGCGGCGCCCUCGGCCGCGCCCGCCGCCACCGCCGCCUCCACCAUGGCCGUCUCGGGCGAGCGGGAGGAGAGAUGAGGGGACCCGGAGCCAGCGACUCCUGCGUCAGAGGGGAAAAGAAAGGAAUGUUUAUCAACAGCCUGUGUCCGGCAGACUCCACCUUUGAUUUCAAUGCGAUUGAAGAGAACAAGUCUGGUGGAGCAGUAGUAGUUCCAGGCCUGGUGUUGCCAUCGCCCCUUCCCGAUGCUCUCGAUCCCUUAGAACACAAUUCAGAGGAGAAAUAAAAAAAAGAUCAACCGGGUCGAAGAUAACUGGAGAUUCCGCCAAUGUGGUGGUAAAAAAUUACUGACCACUUUCAAUUAUAAAAAUUAAAUGAUCAGCUGGGUUGAAGAAAAUAAGCGUAGAUUUCCAAUCUAGUGGUCAAGAAUUACCGAACAGUUUCAAUUAGAUGGUGCUGGUGCAAUUAAGGGGAAGGUGGCAACGCAAUGCCGUCCGCAGUGGGGUCGGAUCCCCCUUUUUCGGGUGUUGGUCUUGCUUGCUGUUGGGUUUGUCAAGGGUUCUGCCCACUGCGCACCUGCUGCUCGCUGCCACAAGCAACUCUGUGAUGUCGAUAGAUGUACAGGUCAAAAAUGUCUUUAAGAGCAUGUUUGACAAACAAAAUAUUUCAAAAUGUGGAAACAUUUUUUAUUUCCUUGCAUAAGGUUGCUGCUGACAAGACGAACUGUGAUUCUCAGGAACAGAGCUCUUAUGGCUAAAUUCCACAUGUCUCUUUUACAUUGCAAGUUUGCCAGAGAGGCUAAGAGACUGAAAUCAAUAUCAGUAAAAUUGUACGGAUUUAGGGUGAAUAACAAACCACAGUAAAAUCAUAUUUUGACAACAAAUCAUAGAUAAGUGACAAGUUAAAAAAACAGCAGUAUUACAUUAAUUUGAUAAAAAGAAAAGAGCAUUAAUUACCUAAGUAAUUUAUUUAUUUAUUGACUGUGGCUUUAUGUGUUCUUCAGUUUCGCCAUGCCAUAGAUACAAGGAAGCAAUUGCUCCCAAUAAUUUGUGAUGUGGUUUCUAAUAAACAUGUGAUGAAGUGCCUUUUGGCCAUCAUAAAACACUAUUGAUUGUAGAGUAAUGCAUUUUAAAUAUUUAGAUUAUUUUUAUCCAUUUGUAUAUACAUGCUUAGAACUGUAAACUAGAAUAUAUUUCUUUAGAAAACUUGCAUAAUCUUAUAGGCUACAAAUUUUCUCUCAUUCUUGUAACUGUAAAUAUAUUUAUACUGUUUACCUCUACUUUCUAGUGGUAAAUAAUCAACAAGAAUGACAAAGACAAAGAAUGAUAAGUGCCAGAAUAACAGAGGAAAUUAACAAUAAAACCACUAAAGUUGCCAA